AUGAAGAUUUUAUUGUACAACUUCCUAAUAUGUGGCUUGUUGUUCUCAAGCUACAGCAAUGAUGAUAUCCACUAUUACUCGAGAAGUUCGUCACAAUGGAAAGUAAUAAAUAUCAGUGAACCGGACUCAGGCGAUGCUGCUCCAGCGGUGGACGAGGGCGAGGGCCUUCAUGUUCCAUUGACCUAUGGAGUUAAUUAUAAACGUAGAGGGAGAUUAUUUACUCCUGAGGAAUGUGCACGUCGUUGUAUCAUCGGAGCUAGACCGAGGAAUUGUUACUAUCACUUCACAGUAGAGAUUUAUCGGACUCAGGGCGGUGCUUGUCGCCUAUGUCGACCGAGAACCAACACAUCAUUAAGCAGUGACUGUCAGUGUAUUGAAACAGAUGGAGUAGAUCAGGCUGGCCUCAUGGUGAUCAACAGGAUGUACCCAGGCCCUGCGAUCCAGAUGUGUCUGGGUGAUCUCGCUAUCAUUGAUGUGCACAAUCAAGCCAUUGGCACGGGUAUCACUAUCCACUGGCACGGGUUGUAUCAAAAAAAUUAUCAAUACUACGAUGGUGUGCCUUUCGUCACCCAGUGUCCCAUAUCACACGGAGUGACUUUUCGAUACAGGUGGCGUGCACAUAACGUUGGUACACACUUCUAUCAUGCCCAUACGGGCAUUCACAAAUCUGAUGGUCUCCACGGGGCUAUAAUAAUUCGACCACCAAAAAGGCUGGAUCCAAACAGAAGAUAUUAUGAUGAGGACAAUUUUGAUAAUGUUAUUUUUAUCAAUGAUUGGUUUCAUGAAUCGGCUGUGGAUCACUGGCCAGGCACUAGCACGCGAAAUAUUGGUCAAAUUCCAAAGAAUAUUCUCAUCAAUGGAAAAGGACAGUGGUUUGACCCCAACAUCGGUGCGUACACCAACUCAUCUCUUGCGAUAGUCAAUGUAAAUCCGAAUCGUCGUAUCAGAUUCCGCAUGAUCAACAGCUUGAGUUGGACUUGUCCUGUUCGCUUCACAAUCCAAGAUCAUGACUUAACACUCAUAAGUACUGAUGGUGAUGAUGUGAAACCAAAGACUGUUACUACUAUUGUUUCUUUCGCUGCCGAACGCUACGACUUCGUCCUCAAUACAAAUCAGGCGCCUGGAACUUAUUGGAUUCAAGCUCGGCUGGUGGGUCCUUGCGCAUCGAGAAAUAUUUCGCAAGUGGCGCUAUUGCGUUACGUUGGAGCACAAUUCUUGGAACCAAAAUUGAAACGCCCGGUUGAUAAUCCUGGAUUGCCAUUAGGAGUUAUCUUCAAUCAGGUAAAUGAAGUAUGUGCCCAUGCGAAUCCCAAUAUAGUCUGUAUGAAAGACCUGGAGACAACCGAACCAGUCAACAAGAGAAUUCUAGCUCCAAGGCCAGAUGUCAGUAUAUUCCUACCUUACGACUUUUAUAUAUUUAGCGAUGAGGAGCUGUUUAAACCAAGAACUUAUCCACACUUCCACGUGCCAACGGGUGGUAACGGUUCAGUUGCUAUGAUUUCCGAUAUUAGCAAUGUAUUUUCGGGGUCACCAUAUCUCACGCAAAUUCGUGAUAUUCCAUCUGGGAUGAUUUGCAACGGAAAUUCUAAGCCUAGGAAGUGUCUCCCUGGAAAGCCAUGCUUCUGUUCACAUGUUAUCGAUAUUCCACUCGGAGCAGUCGUUGAUAUUAUCAUGGCUGACCUAGGUCCUAAUGGAUUGUCUCAUCCUUUCCAUAUUCAUGGUUAUGGUUGUCAUGUAAUGGCUCAAGGUCUCCUAAGGGAUGUCCCUCUUACAGAAAAAAAUAAAUUCCAAGCUUUGCGCCUGCAUCAAAAUUAUUAUAAAGAUUUUCCCACACAACCAGUUGUCAAAGAUACUCUACCUACUCCGUCUGGUGGAUAUAGUAUUUGUAGAUUUAUAGCGGACAAUCCAGGAUACUGGUUGUUUCACUGCCAUUUCAUGUCACAUUUAUUAGUUGGCAUGGAACUGACCUUCAACGUAGGGAAGCAAUCAGAUCUCCCUCCAGUACCGAAAGGCUUCCCAAAAUGUGGAGACUUUACUCCGAACCUUCGUUAGGCAUAAUUUAUCUUUAUCUUUAUUAUCAUAGUAUUUAUUGCAAAUUCGACCCGAAGGGAAGAAGUUAUUAUUAUGACCUCGAAAACGAAAUGUAAAGUAUUCAUGAUUCCCCCAUGAUUCAUGACCUCUAGAAGAAUCCUCAUAUGUUUCAUAUAUAUAUCCGUGUGUGUG